UGUGAGGAAGACAGCGCAGGUUUUCGUGAGAGCAGGAAUAGCUUUUGACGGAGAGUCACGAACUGCUGAGGCACCAAAACACGAAAGAUGUCGUUUGCCAGUGACAAGCUGUACAACGGAUACUUACGGCGGAAAAUGCCGAUAAUUGUGAGCAAGGUGAAAGUGAGAGAAGUAAUGAUCCACCUGCCCUGCUUGACUCCUCACGACAGGGAAAACAUAGAGGCAAAAAGAGAAAUGUAUGGGAACUACGACAGCAUGGUGCUUCUUCUGGACUGUCUGAAGAGGAGAGAGAACUGGCCGGAGCAGUUCAUCGACGCACUUGAGGCGUGUGAGCAUACGACUCUAGCAGCAGAGAUCAGAGCCGAGUACGACGCUCUGAGAGGCGUCGACAAUUCCAACCCCGGCUCCCCUCCAACGACUGUCGUCAGGGCACACGUCCAUCCAGCACCAUCUGCCAGUCCUCUGCCCGUCCCAGAGAGCGGUGCAAACAGUCAGGCUGCUGUUGCUCCGCCAGCUGAAGCGUCGGCUCCUCCGGAGCCAGCCGCCGAGGCCUCCCCCCUUCUGGAAACCCCCGUGCAGCCACAAGUUCCUGAGGCUGUUUCUCCACCUGAGCUGGUCCCUGAGCCCCCACAAUCAACUCAGGGUGAAGUGGCAGCCCGUCCAUCAACACCUCCCACGUCCCCUGAGAGCCCAAACGCUCAGACGAGCACACCUCCAUCGCCUCAGAGGGAGGUUAACGCUCACCAGGAGCCGGAGGAAAACUCUGAAUCAGACAUCCAGGACGUCUCUGGUGAUAACGGUGUGAUCCCUGAUCAGGAGAGCGCAGAAAACAGCGAGGUAUCGAUCGACCAUGUGGCCACUCAUCAACCACCCCGGCGUGAAACAGACGCUCCACCCAGCCCGGAUCCUCUCCAGACAACUACUACCUCCACACAGGUCAGGCCACCGCAGAGUCCCUCUCCAACCCAGACGAACUCAGAUGUCACCGACGGAUCCUCUUUCCUCACGAUGACUCCAGAGAAGCCUCCAGUCCAGGACACCACCCCUCCUGUGGACCUCAAACCAGCUGUUGUCCUGCAGCCUGAAGAGACCUCUGAACCUCCUACCACACAGAUUGUUGAAAGCGGCCCACAGACAGAAACUGCAGCUGCAUCCUCCCCCCUGCCGGGUGCUGCUGGGAUAGACGCCUCUCUCUGUGAUGACAGCCAUGUGUGUCUGAGCAAGCCUGGCCAACUCAUCAGCAUCCACCCACCAAAUAAUGGCAGCCCCGCUGUCUGUGCACCCAGCUACCCGGUGCAGCCUUACUCCGGUGACAGUGAGCGUCUGGAAAUCAGCGAUGCUGCACCGGACGCUGUGACCGCCGCCCAACCUCCUGCGUGCUCUGCUGUCAGCUCCAUCACUGUGAGUACAGCGUCCGCACUGCCAUGCCAGGAGAACGGCAUUGCUCUUAGCCAUAGUGAACCGGAGGAAAACUACUACGAGUCCCCUUGUCGGGGUUUGGAGAGACACCAGGUAUUGACGCAUGUGGUGCAUGUAUCCGAGGAGCCGUCUAUCCUUGACCUGGACGGCCAGAGCCCAACACAAGCUCACAUCGUUAACGGUGAAGCAGCCAAGGAGAUCGCCUCUGCACCACCACUUCCCACCAACACUGUGGACCCUGUAUUGAGCGUAAACACCCCGUCCAGUGAGGAGUGCCACCCCUCUGAGCCCGCACCCGCUGCUGAGUUGAAGGAUUCAGAGAAGAAGACGGCCUCUUGCACCCAGCCAGCUAAUACAAAGUACAUUCUGACCGCUGCAGGAGUGGGCGCCUGUGCACUGCUGUUGGCGUGGAGGUAUAGGAAUUAAGGGGAUUUAAUACCUUUUUAAAGGAAGUUAAGAUGAGGAUCUUGGGGUUAUGGUGCCUUAUUGUAUCACUGGAAAGGCCAGAGGCAGCUGUUUAGUAGUUGCCUAUAGUAAUAAUAGCUGAUUUGCCAGACCUUUGGUCAUGUCAUUAAUUACGAGUAUGUUGUAAAGUCGGACCAUGUUUUAUCCUUUUUAAUGUUGAAUGAAGUUUUCCCUCGAGAGCAAAAACCAAACCUUCCCUUCUUAAAUUAGUAAUGGAACUUCAUGGAACUGAGAUUGAGAUCUCAGGUUAUUUAUGCACUCGCUGCAAAUAUGUGGAACGUACAGAUACACUUAAGCUGUCUGUUAGUGAUAGAAAUGUUUGUAUGUUCGCUUGUCUGAUAAGCACUUUCAAGAUAAGACUGUUGGCUGUCAUCCAGUAAAGAUUAGUGUACAAAGGACCUGAAUUAUACUGGAUGUGGACUGUGGAAGACGGAGUACCAGCAUCACACUCUGUAGAUGAUGGCUAGUGCACUGUCUGUAUUUAUUUGUACAUAUUUACAUAUUUAGACUGUAUAGGUAUUUUAAGAUAAACGGAUGUGUUAAAAACAUUCCAAAGCACUCAAUUCUCAAAGAAUCAGUCAGCUAGACGCUGUAUAUUUAAAUAACAUACUUUACAAGUUUUAAAUGGUCCGUAGCCCAGACCAGUUAUUCCGAAACAUUUAAAAACUACAGCACUUUCUGUUUCUUUUAGAGCCAAAGAGAGUGUUAAUUGUGAGAUGUCGUUUCAGUAGCUUCAUAUUUAACUGGGUUUUUAAAUGGUCAUUUUUGUGGUUAUUGCUUAUUUCUUCUGUUUCGAUGUUUGAAAACAUCAGAAACAUGGAGUUAGUGUAAACAUCACUUCAGUUUUUUUAUGCAAUGAGAUCAAUUUAAUAAUGCACAAUAAAAAAAUUGGAAAUGGGCAAAACUUGCCGCACAGGCUGUGUGUUCUCUGGCCAUCUUCUGGUGUGGAUGUUUUGAGAUGGCAUUUUAUUUUUCCAUUGGAUUUUUUUCUCCUUUUAAAUAGAAGCAAGUUUGAGAAUUUGUGUUGUGUGAGCUGCAAAGAUGCUUCGUAUAUUUAAUGUAUUGCCAUUAUGGAACACAUGUACAAUCUCAUUGUAAUCUCAGUUUAAGGUUUGUCAAAAUGUUGAGUCACUGUCUCUAUGCACUUGACAAUCAUAUAAACAAUAAACCUAAAAUUAAAAAAAA